GCCGUACAACUUGACACAAUAACGUGUGCAGCCAUUCAGUAGUUAGCUGGUUUAUAACAUGCUGCUUUGCACUGAAAACUAAUUUUGACAUGUUCUCAGAUCUCUGCAUGUUAAUUUCUAAAUUGUUUUGUACUGCUUAGUUAGUUAGUGUUAUACAAACAACACAUUUCAAGAUUUCUAAUAAUUUUUAUUUACUGUUGCUAUGGCUAGCAGAUGUGUCUUCAUCAAAAAUGCAGCUGGGGCAUUAAGUAUAAGGCCCCUUACCAGGCACACUCACUCCUGCUUAUCCAGUGAGCUGAAGCCGGAAUACGAUGCUGUUAUCAUCGGUGGAGGUCACAAUGGACUUGUAGCAGCAGCUUACUUACAGAAGGCUGGAGUGAAGACAGCUGUACUUGAGCGACGCCAUGUACUUGGAGGGGCUGCAGUUACAGAAGAAAUUAUACCAGGGUUCAAAUUCUCUAGAGCAUCUUAUCUUCUAAGUUUACUAAGACCUCAGAUCUACAGAGACUUGGAGCUGAAGAAACAUGGCUUGAAGAUCUACUUUCGCAAUACUUAUUCCUACACUCCACUACUGGAAGAUAGUGUUAUGGGAAAGCCACCUCGAUCUCUCACACUGGGAAUAAAUAAAAGUGAAAAUUUGGAGCAGAUAAGUCAGUUCUCCAAACGAGAUGCCAAGGUUUAUCUUGAAUAUGAGGCAUUAUUGGACCACUUUGUUAACAGCAUUGACCCCUUGAUUGAUUCCAUACCUGUUGACACUGCAGCUCUGACCCAAGGAUCCCUGAUCAAGAGGAUAAGAGCACUAAAGACCCUGAAACCCAUAAUGAAGACAGGGCUACACCUGGGACAAUACAUUCCACACUUCUACGAAAUUAUUACUGCUCCAGCCGCAAAGAUACUUCAUCGUUGGUUUGAAUCAGAACCACUUAAAGCCACAUUAGCCACCGAUGCUGUAAUUGGGGCGAUGAUAAGCCCCCAAACUCCAGGAAGUGGGUAUGUACUGCUGCACCAUGUGAUGGGAGAGCUGGAGGGUCACAGAGCUGCUUGGGGCUAUGUGGAAGGUGGAAUGGGAAGUGUUUCCAUGUCCAUUGCUAAAGCAGCGGCUUCUCAUGGAGCGUCCAUAUUUACAGAGAAGCCUGUGGAUCAUAUUCUGGUUGGAAAUAAUGGGAAGACAAAUGGCGUAGUACUUCAGGAUGGGACUGAAGUAAGAAGUAAGCUGGUCUUGUCAAAUGCCACUGCCAAGGUGACAUUCCUACAGCUGACUCCACAGGAUGCUCUCCCUGAUGACUUUAUCCGUGGGAUCUCCAAAAUUGAUUAUACAUCCCCUGUUACUAAAAUAAAUGUCGCUGUCGAUAGACUUCCAAACUUCCUUGCUACCCCACAGAAAGAGGGCACAAAGUCCCUUCCUCAUCACCAGACAUCUAUUCACCUGAAUUGUGAAGACAUAAGUGUCAUUGACAAAGCCUAUGAAGAUGCGAGCUCAGGAAUACCAUCUGAAAGACCAAUGAUUGAAAUGUGCAUCCCAUCUGCUCUGGACCCAACUAUAGCUCCUUCUGGUUGCCAUGUUAUAUCCAUGUUCACCCAGUAUACACCAUAUGCUCUGGCUGAUGGCAGAAAAUGGGAUGACAAGGAGAGGAAUGAUUAUGCAGACAGAGUAUUUGAAUGUGUGGAACAAUAUGCUCCUGGUUUUAAGGCUUCAGUAAUUGGUCGAGAUAUUUUGACACCUCCAGAUCUGGAAAGAAUAUUUGGACUAACAGGAGGGAAUAUAUUUCAUGGAGCCAUGUCUCUGGAUCAGCUGUUCCUUGUACGGCCUCUACCAUCCUAUGCAAACUACCGUUCGCCAAUUAAAGGACUAUAUUUAUGUGGUAGCGGUGCCCAUCCAGGAGGUGGGGUGAUGGGCUCAGCUGGAAGGAAUGCUGCUUUAGUAGCUUUUGCUGACCUCAAGACAUUGUGAUUAGACUUUCAGACAAUAUCAGUGACCGAACCAUUACUUGUCAAGAAUGAAUGCCGUAUUCUGCAAUCAAGGCUGUGCUGCGUUCAAUGGAGAUAAAGUUCUUGCACAUGUUUUUGAACUUAUGCAUUCUCAUUCACAACACAGAAUCACUAAGCUAUCCCUGAUGAAUCAGAAUUCCAUUUUUGUGCCUGACAGUCUUAUUUGUCUGCAAACAUGUAUAACCAUUUAUGUAUCUAUCAUUUAUGUAUCGAUCAUUUGUGCAUAUAAAUUGUUAGCAGCCUUCAAA